AUGCAGUUCACCAGCCUCGCCGUCCUCUUCAUGGCCAGUGUUGCCUUUGCUUUACCUGCCCCUGCCCCUUCCGCGGUGGGAUCCAGCACCCUCGAAUCUCGAAACAUUGUCUCCGAAUGCGCUGGAGACAAGUGCCGGGUCGAUGGCAAGGACUAUAACUGCUACGUUGGCACUUGCGCGGAUGGGAAACAAUGUGGUGGCCCCAACGUCAACAACCUCGCCUGCAACAUGUAAAUGCGGCUUUCUUCGCCAGUGACGACUUAUGAUUUUGGAUAAAACUUCAGUUUGAUGAUUAUGAUGUCUUGUGUCUUUUGAUAUGAUGUUUUAUGUUUUUAUGACAGUACAUAUGUUGGGCAG